AUGCCCGUCGCGUGGGGCGGCGGCGCGACCCGCGAGCCGUCGAGCUGCGACGGCUCCGCCCUCGGCGACUUCGACCUGCCCUUCGACUCGACGCUGCCUUCGCCCCACGGCGACCGCUCCUCCGUCGGCUCGAUCUCUCGCGACCGCACGCCCCUCUCAACCCCGCAGCGGCCGCCGCCUGCGGGGGCGCCGCUGGCCACCGAGCCGGGCAGUGUUCCUCGCGCGGCCGCCACGGCCGAGGCCGGCAGCGGCAGCAUGCCCAUGAGCCGGCACGGGUCGCGGAUGCGCCUCUAUCACGAAGUCGUCAACGAGGCCGACACGCAGGAGACGGCCCUUCCCGAGGACUCGUUCGACGCGCCGCUCUCGCCGCUCUCGCCCCACGGCGAGCUGGCCGAGUCGCUGUUCUCGGGGUUUGGAGGCAUGGACUUUCGUCCAAGGACGCCGGACCCGGGUUCCAGUGGCUCGCAGGCGCCGUCUCCCGGAGUGGCAACGUCGCGGCCCCACGGGGCGGAGUGGCAAGGCCCCGGUGGGCCCGGUCCCGGUGGCAGCCCUGGUGGCGCUGGGGUCUGGGGACGGGAUGGAUGA